CACAGCAGCGUUUUGUUUUCUUUCUGUUUCUCGUCCUGAAGACUGAAGAAGCGUUUCAGCGACGUGGAGGAGCGGGAAUAUGUUGCCUCGGCAAUGCACUCAGAAACGCCCGACCGCUACGAACGCCUCACGUCCGUCUCCAGCUCCGUCGACUUCGACCAGAGAGACAACGGCUUCUGCUCGUGGCUGACGGCCAUCUUCAGAAUAAAGGAUGAAGAGAUCAGAGAGAAAUGUGGGGAGGAUGCAGUUCACUACCUUUCCUUCCAGCGCCACAUCAUCGGCCUGCUGGUUGUAGUAGGAGUCCUCUCUGUCGGCAUCGUCCUGCCCGUCAACUUCUCUGGAGACCUGCUGGAAAACAACGCCUACAGCUUCGGACGCACCACGAUCGCCAACCUAAAGUCUGGGUGAGCACAUGAUCAUCACCGCUGGAGUUGAUAA